GUAUGGGCUGAGUCAGUCCGGGGCGCGGUUGGUGUCUGUUGUCCUGAUCUCGGAGGUAAAAUACGUCCUCUUCUCGUUAUCUCAGCGGUAGUUUCAAUCCAUUCUUAGUGUUUGUCCGCUUCUCGGAGGGUCCGUUAUGGGAGGCUCCACUGUAUUAUUUGAGAGCAAAAUUAGCCUACCAGUUGUCUUAAUUACCUGAUUUAUAUAUAGCAGACGUAUCUCCCAGUUACAAUGCACAUGUGGAAUAUAUUACAUAGAGUGGGCGAAAAGUCGUGACCCACUUGUGUUCACUUGCCAUAAAACAUCAUUGCCCUCGUACUGUCUUGCAGGUAGUCUGUACUGUGACUGCAGUCUGAGAGCGGGAGGUUUCACAGGUGAGGGGAUACAGGGCCCCAGCGUCAUUGCCAUGAAGACACACAACCUGAAGGUCCAGUUUGUCGGGGGACACGUCUUCAGCAACACGCGGGUCCCCUACGGAGCGGCCAUUCUACUGGUGAGGGACCCUCGAGGAGCCCUGGUGGCCGAGUGGAACAGGGAGCGCUCCAAGAGGAUGAUCUCGCCCAAUGUCAGCAAUCACUUCACCUACGUCGGGGAGGAGUACUUUGGAGAUAACGAAAUGUGGGAAAAGUACAUCCACCUGAAGCUACCUCGCUGGCCUCAACAGAUGGUGAACCUUCUGCUAGAGGCAAAGUCCGCGGAGCGCCCAGUCUACGUCCUAAUCUUUGAGGACCUAAAGAAAAACACUGUCGGGGAGAUGAAGAGGGUGAGCGACUUUCUCGGGUUCUCGCUCACCGAGGCGGAGGUGGGCGAGAGGUUGAGGGUGGGGUUUUCCAACUUUUAUCGCAACCACACGAGCACUUUCACUCACUUCACCCUGCGUCAAGAGAGGUUUGUUAGCAAUGUCGUCGGCACCACAUCCCAGUUUAUGAAGGACAACGGCAUCUACGACAUGUUUCCAAGAAUAGACGAAUACCUCUGAAAUCAUCUCUCUAUGUAUCUAUGAUUCCGUUUUCACUUUCUCCACAAAUUGUCUGUCACAAGGUAUCUAUUUUGUAGUCAUUUUGUCACUCUCAUCAGGAUAUCCAUUAUUUAUGAGUAAUUAUUGCAUGCUAGUAGGAGCAACUUAACCUUAGUGAUCAAAAAUGUACAAUAGCUGUAUUAUACUUUGGAUUAUGGUAG